CGAUCCCCAUCAGGUCAGGGUGCAUUGAUGCUUAGAUUGACUGCUUUCCUCUAUACUGUGCUGAACAGGGAUCGAUUCCAUAGCCAUGGAUAUGAAAGAGAGGAAAAUGACGGUGGUCGGAUCCGUCGAUCCCGUGGAUGUGGUGAGCAAACUGAGAAAAUUCUGGCAUACCGGUAUCGUCUCGGUCGGGCCUGCAAAGGAGGAGAAGAAGGAAGAGCCCAAGAAGGAGCAAGCGAAGAAGGAGGAGCCCAAGAAGGAAGAAGCCAAGAAGGAGGAGAAGAAAGAGGAGGCCAAGAAGGAGGAGAAGAAGGAGCCCCAUGAGCAAAUGAUAGCGGACCAAGUCAAUGCAUACAAGAACUACAACCCUCACACGACCACACACUAUUACUACUCGCAGAGCGCAGAAGAGAAUCCAAAUUCUUGCAGCAUCCUGUGAUGGAUUUCCCUCGACGAGUCCGUGGAAUCAUUGGUUGAGUCUGGUAAGCAGCUGGCUUACAGCAAGGGUGUAAGAUAAUUAGAGAUUUGGCCCUGUACAUAUGGAGCUAUGUGGCGAUGAGGUGCAGACAAGUGAUCGGUUUUGAGCUCCUUGGCAUUUCGUGUUCGGAUCUCUCAUAAAAUUUUGACAUUGUUUCUCCUAUUUAUGUGUCUGAAGAGGUUCUAAGACUUCA